AUGGCAACCAGACCCUCUCACACACGUACAGCGUCCACCAAUCUCGGCACCAAUGCCAGUCAGCGCCCUUUGGAGGGCAGAGUGGCCAUAGUAACAGGGGCAUCAAGGGGUAUGUGCAAGCCUGCCAUUAGCCCUCCUCAGACUCACAGUCGUAGGCAUCGGCCUUGA